UUUUGUAACGAAGUUUUGCUGAUUGCAUGUAAAAUUACCUAUAGAUAUUCGAAUCGAAAACCGAUAAUCCUUUAGCUGAAUUUGAGUUUUGCAAUGUGAAAUCUACGAAUCCGCGCGAGUGCGACGUUGCCUACCUGAUAACGACGGAGACGGUGGUGGAAGAAAGCAACAAGAAACAAGUAUGGCCCUUGCAGAAAUCGCCGACUUCGUCGUAAAUGUGUUCCAGUUGAUCAACUAUCUGCUCAAAAUCAGUAUCUUCAUCGGGAAAUUGCUGGUGGAAGUCAUUAGCAAUGCAGCUUUCAUCUCGUGGAAGAUACUGCAAGCGAUUGGCCGUUUCAUGGUGGUGUUCUACGAAGACUACUCGUACUUUGUGGAGGACUUCAAGAAUGCGCUGAGCUCGAUUGCUAUUUUCUUCAUUGAGUGUCUAACGGCCAUCUGCGGAGGUGUGGUAAAAGCAGUGGUUUCGAUCGGAAAUGCCGCUGUGGCGGGGUACCACGGCGUAGGGGAGCUACUCUCCGGAAGGCUACUGACGGUUCCGAUUUUUACGUUGGAGUUUGUCAAACAGCUACUGGUGAUCGUCGGGAAUGGAGUUUGGUUUUUGGUUACACUGCCAGGACAUCUUGCUAAGAACUUUUGGGAAUACUUGGACACUGGAUUGGAGGUCGUUGGCCACUUUUCCAAGGAUGUUGGAGCCAAGAGUAUGGAGAUUGUGUCCCGUCUGGGAUACUACUUGGUAAAAGACGUUCCCCUGCAAUCAGUUGCUGGAAUUUUUAUACUCAUACUGGCUUAUAUAAAUCCUAAAUGCAGCAAGAGAAUUGCAAUUUUUUGCUUUAGAAUCCUGCGCUACUUCUACCGAAAAAUGCUGCCGUACGGACGGGGAAUCCGCCGUAAAUACCUCCAGUGUAAGCAACUGAUCGCACAAAUAAUUGAUAACAUUCUUGUGACCGUGCUGGCUGGCUCCGUUUACUUGCGAACGCGCGCCAUCACCAUCUACGACACGGAAGUUCAUCGCACUGCAUUAUUUUUCCGGAACUUUUUCACUUUCUCCGAUCGGCGGCAACGUCAGCAGCAACAACAACACCUGAGUCGUAUUGAAAACCGACGAGACCAUUCGGAUUCGGAGCAAUCCUCCCGUUCAUCGUCGGCUUCAUCGGACCAAUCGACCCAGAGUAGAUCUCUACGACCAAUUGCUCAAAAUAGUAGUAAUAGUAAUAACGGUAGUCCCAGCAAGAAGCGUUCGGAAGGUUCUACCAUUAUCGGACUAUGCAUCAUUUGUGAGGAUAACGAAAAGGCCGUGGUGCUGGUACCGUGUGGACAUAUGUGCCUGUGCAAGCGAUGCGCGGACCAGUUGGGCCAUUACGAUCGAUACUGUCCCAUCUGCAGGACGCUGAUCCAUCGCAAGGUGGAUGUUUUUAUUUAGAAUAGGUUAACGAUAGCAAUAAGCAGAUGGUGGAUUGUAAAAUGCUACCGGUGUAAUGCAAAAGAAUUUAUUUGAAUAAACUUUUGUGAGAUUCUUAGGAGAUAUUCAUUCGAACCAAACAGAAUAAUGCUAGAUAGAAAUAAGGUACCUAUGAAAUUUUAUUCAUUCAACGGAACAAUUAGACUUAGUGAAUCAUUCGUCGAAGAGCAAAUAAAGACACUGAUUUUCAUCUAUGAAUA